AUGGCUUCCAAUUCAACAGUGAGAGUCUCAAGCAGAGCAGAGAGGCAACUGCUACAAAGUCAAAUUAAUCCUCUCCAUGGAUCUUUUUCUUCUUCUUCUUCUUCUUCGAAUUCGGGUUCAAGUUCGAGAAAUGGAAAUUCACUACAAAGUUAUAGUAAUAGCAACCAUCCUGUUCGCUCCAAGGCUCCUCCUCCUGCUUCGAGACGCUCUGUUACUCCUACUUCUUCCCGCUCUCAUUCUCUCGACUUGGAAAACGAUCAUGGAAGAGUGAGAGUAGCUGUUAGAUUACGGCCAAGGAAUGCAGAAGAACUCAUUUUAGAUGCUGAUUUUAAUGAUUGCGUUGAAUUAUUGCCUGAGUUGAAGAGGUUGAAAUUGAAGAAAAACAAUUGGAGUUCUGAAUCUUAUAGAUUUGACGAGGUUUUUACUGAAACGGCCUCUCAAAAACGAGUUUACGAAGUUGUUGCAAAGCCGGUUGUUGAGAGUGUAUUGAGUGGGUAUAAUGGGACAAUUAUGGCUUACGGUCAAACAGGUACUGGGAAAACGCAUACGGUUGGAAAACUGGGCAAAGAUGAUGCAUCGGAGCGUGGUAUCAUGGUUAGGGCUCUUGAGGAUGUACUUGCGAGUACGGUACCUGAUUCUGAUGUUGUGGAGGUCUCCUAUUUGCAGUUGUAUAUGGAGUCUAUACAAGACUUGCUUGCACCAGAAAAGAUUAAUAUCCCUAUUAACGAGGAUGCCAGGACAGGGGAAGUAUCAGUGCCUGGUGUUUCAGUAGUUAAGGUUCAAGAUCUUGAUCGUUUUUCAGAACUGCUACAAAUUGGUGAGGCAAACCGUUAUGCAGCUAACACAAAGCAGAAUACCGAAUCUUCCCGAAGUCAUGCAAUUCUAAUGGUUUAUGUACGAAGAUCCUUAAAUCAAAAGGCAGAAGAUGAAAUCGCUUCUCAAGAGAAAGAUGUGAAAAGUAAUUUAGCUGGUUGCAAUGGGAUACCUAGAGUAAGGAAAAGCAAGUUGCUGAUUGUGGAUCUUGCUGGAUCUGAAAGAUUAGACAAAUCUGGCAGUGAAGGUCACUUGCUCGAAGAGGCUAAGUUUAUUAAUCUUUCUCUUACUUCUCUUGGCAAAUGUAUAAAUGCAUUGGCUGAAAACAGUCCACAUAUACCCACGAGGGAUUCUAAGCUAACCAGAUUGUUGCGUGAUUCAUUUGGAGGCUCUGCAAGGACUUCACUGAUUAUAACGAUUGGGCCAUCUGGACGACAUCAUGCAGAGACCACCAGCACAAUCAUGUUUGGGCAACGGGCAAUGAAAAUAGUAAACAUGGUAAAGCUUAAAGAGGAAUUUGACUAUGAAAGUUUAUGUCGGAAGCUCGAGACUCAAGUAGACCAUCUUACUGCAGAAAUAGAAAGGGAAAAGAAAAUGAGAGAGAGUGAAAAACGAGACUUGGAGAAACAGCUUAAACAGUGUCAAGACUCUUUUUCUGAGGCAGAAAAGAAUCUAGUCACAAGGUCUGAGUUUAUACAGAAGGAAAAUACUCGUCUAGAGUUGGAGGUGCAAGGCGUCAUAAGUGAAUUGGAGUCUCAAAAAGGUUGUAAUGAUUUAAUGCGUGACAAAGUUUCUCAGCUAGAGACGAGUCUAACAUAUAGCCAGCAGCACCAGCUUGAAAAUUCUACGUAUCAGAAAGUGCUUGCUGACACUACUCAGAUGUAUGAGAAGAAAAUAUCAGAGCUAAUUAAGCAGUUAGAAAACGAGUGUGCUCGUUGUGAAAGAGCUGAAGAACGAUUAAAUUUGACGAAGAAUCUUCUGGGUGAUUACCAAAAAUCAAUUAAGCAACAUGAAUCAGAAAAUUCUACAUAUCAGAAAGCACUUGCAGACACCACUCAGAUGUACGAGAAGAAAAUAGCAGAAUUAAAUAAGCUACUUGAUGACGAGCAUAGUCAUUUUGCAAGUACCGAGGAACAGUUAGAUUUGAUGAAGAAGCUCCUCAGUGACUCUCAAAAAUCAAUUGAGCAACAUGAGGCGGAAAAUUCAGUAUAUCAGAAAGCACUUGCAGACACCACCCAAAUGUAUGAGAAGAAAAUAGCAGACCUGAUUAAGCAAGUAGAGGACGAGCAUGCCUGUUUGGAAGGAGCAGAAGAACAACUGAGUCUGGCAAACAAGCUUCUAAGUGAUCAACAAGAAUCGAUACAGGAGUUGAAAGUGAUUGAUGAACUAAGGACGGAGUUACAAAGAACAUGUCAGGUGCAUGACAGUGUUCAAACUGAACUUCAAUCCUUAAAGUUAGAACACAAAAAUCUUUCACGAGAGAAGGCAACACUGAGUGAAGAAAUUCAUGACUUGAAGCAAGCACUUGUAGCUGAAGAGAAGCAGAGGAAAAGCGUUGAACAUGAGCUGGCCAAACUAAAGAAGAGUGCACCUGAAAGUGACAAAGAUUUUGAGGAUAAGAAACCAUAUGGGAAGGAGAAUAUUGGUAACGGAUCUUCAGCAUUUGGGAAUCCUAUGGGUUUACACAAGUCAAACUCCUCAAGGGCUGCACUGUCUGGUCAGAGGGCAACAAUUGCUAAGAUUUGUGAAGAAGUUGGGCUUGGAAAGAUAUUACAAUUAUUAACAUCUGAAGAUUCUGAUGUCCAAAUCCAUGCAGUGAAAGUGAUUGCCAAUCUGGCUGCUGAAGAUAUUAAUCAAGAAAAGAUUGUGGAAGAAGGGGGCUUAGAUGCUCUGCUAAUGCUGUUAAAAUCAUCUCAAAAUACAACUGUGCUCAGAGUGGCUUCUGGGGCCAUUGCCAAUUUGGCAAUGAAUGAACUGAAUCAAGGGUUGAUAAUGAGCAAAGGUGGUGGACAGUUACUGGCAAACACAGCAUUAAAAACAGAUGAUCCACAAACUCUUAGAAUGGUAGCUGGUGGACUAGCAAACUUAUGUGGAAAUGAAAGGUUACACAUGAUGCUGAAAGAAGAUGGAGGCAUCAACGCCCUAUUAGGAAUGGCUAGAUCUGGUAAUAAUGAUGUCAUCGCACAAGUUGCAAGAGGGAUGGCUAAUUUUGCAAAAUGUGAAUCCCGUGGAAUCAUUCAAGGACAUAGGAAAGGCCGUUCACUAUUAAUAGAAGAUGGCGUCCUUGAAUGGUUGGUUGCCAAUUCUAACAUCGCUUCAGCUUCAACACGACGCCAUGUUGAACUUGCUCUUUGUCAUUUGGCGCAGAAUGAGGACAAUGUCAGGGAAUUCAUUUCUUGUGGAGGGGUAAGAGAACUAGUCCGAAUAUCAGUUGAAUCCAACAGAGAAGAUAUCCGCAACCUGGCAAAGAAGACUCUAAAAAUGAGCCCAACUUUCCAAGCUGAGGGGAAUCCAGAAUGGCAGUAA